CGAGGCUUACGGAUUUCUGUCGGUCACAGGGGCAAGGUCGCUCCACAAAAAUCAUGUUUCGAUCAGCAUCUCUUGGUCGAGAAGUUGUCAGAAAAUGUGCAUCUCGUAGAUGUCUUUCAACUCUACCUAACUUAUGCAAAACCGUUAGGAAAUCGCAGAGCAUCGGCCUAAGAUGCAGAGCAGGUUUCCCUAAUAGUGCGGUUUGCAGUCAGCCAUGGAUCAGUCAGCAACGCUUUUACUCCUCAGAGCUGCCUAGUCAUAUCAAGGUCGUACUGCCAGCCCUAUCACCCACAAUGGAGAUGGGAACAAUCGUGAACUGGCAGAAGGCUGAAGGGGACAAAAUAUCGGAGGGUGACCUAUUGGCUGAGAUAGAAACAGACAAGGCAACAAUGGGUUUUGAGGCAUCCGAAGAGGGAUUUCUUGCCAAGAUUUGUCUUCCAGAAGGCAGCAAAGAUGUUCCUAUUGGCAAGCUGCUGUGUAUCAUAGUUGAAGAUGAGGCUGACAUAGCAGCAUUUAAAGACUUUACUCCAACAGCUGAUGAUGAUAGUCCACCUGAUACUGUUCCAUCGAAAACAGAAAAGCCCCCUGCACCAAAACCCGCCACACCACCCCCACCCCCUGCUGCACCAGCCCCUCCACGGCCGACAACGCCAGCUCCAGUAGCCCAAGCCCCACCAGCUGCCCCUGCUUCAUCGCCUGCCAGCUCUGGGGGACGGGUGUUUGCUACUCCAUAUGCACGAACGCUUGCAGCAGAGAAAGGAGUUGAUCUUAAUAUGGUGACAGGCACUGGCCCCGACGGUCAGAUCCGGGCAGAAGAUGUAAUGAGCUUCACCCCCAGUGGCACCGCACCGACCCCCUCAGCACCAAGUGUGGCUGCCCCUGGGGCUUUUGUAGACAUACCUGUGUCUGGUAUGAGAAAGACAAUCGCCAAGAGACUGACAGAGUCUAAACAGACAAUACCACACUAUUAUCUCACCAUAGAUGUAAGCUUGGAUAAAACUCUCUCAUUGCGUAAAGAAUUGAACACUCUGCUCGAGAAACAAAACAAAAAAAUAUCAGUGAAUGACUUUAUCAUAAAAGCCUCGGCUCUUGCGUGUAAAGUGGUCCCAGAGGCUAAUUCAUCAUGGCAAGAUUCAUUUGUUAGACAAUAUAACACAGUAGAUGUCAAUGUUGCUGUGGCAACAGAUGCUGGUCUUAUUACUCCCAUAGUUUUUAGAGCAGAUUUAAAGGGAUUGUCUCAGAUAGGAAAAGAUGUUGGGGUGCUGGCCACGAAGGCUCGUGAAGGGAAGCUACAGCCUCAUGAGUUCCAGGGUGGCACAUUCACCAUAUCCAACCUAGGCAUGUUUGGUAUCAAGAGUUUCUCGGCAGUAAUAAAUCCGCCCCAGGCCUGUAUUCUCGCAGUGGGAGGAGCAGAGAAAAGACUGGUUGUGGAUGAGAACUCCGAGACUGGAUACCGAGAGGCUACAGUGAUGUCAGUUACUCUUAGUUGUGAUCACCGGGUGGUUGAUGGAGCGGUGGGGGCAAAAUGGCUCGCAGAAUUCCGCAAAUUCCUGGAGAACCCGUCAACCAUGUUAUUAUGAGGGAACAUCUCAGCAUUGUAGAAAUCUGUUUUCAAAUUUAGACUUAUUGAGGGGUUUUCUCAAAGUUGCAGUUUUAAAUGAAACGUUUGGGGGUUUUAGUAUUAGGGAUUUCCUCAAAGUUUUAAUGCCUGUAGUUUGAGGAGCAUUUUGAAAUUGACUGUUGUGUUUCACUGAUAUUCUUUGAACAUCUUUUGGAAGUGCUGUGGAGAGAUCGAAGUGAUUUUUGAAGAAAUGACUACUCUAUAUUGAUUAAAUAUUAUACUUAUUUAUUGACUGACAUCUUAUGCAAGAAAAAGUGCUAUUCACAAUAAGAAGUGCUACCAAGUUUCACUUACAAAUCAUUUUUAUUGAAUUGAAACUGUUUCCAUCAAGAGUGCUAUUUAGUUCCAUUUGUUUUCUUUAUUAAAUGAAUCUCAGUGUUUGACCAUAUAUUUUGUCUAAUUGGAAGGCAAUAUUUUUCAAUUCUACCAUGCAAUAUUUUUGGUAUAUCAGCAGUCACCUUUUAUUGAAUUUGAUCAGGUGAAUCAGUAGAUUUUAACAGGCUGGGCCAGUAUACAAAAUAUAAUCUCAAACACUAAGUUGGCCAAAGGGUUAUUUGUCUGCAACUCUGUAGGCUCAAUGCCCAUUAUUUUUGGUAUAUGCACAUAAAUUUUCUCUAUGAACAAUUUCAAAGAAGCGUUGAAAGUUUUGAAUUUAUAAUUUUAGUUUUAUCCAAUUCAUUUUCUGUUAACCCAUAUUCGACCUAAUUAGUUUGAUAACACAGCAUAUAUGGUAUUUUGUGUGUUUGUUUCUUGGUUGCCUGAAGAAAUGACAAUUGCUCUUUAAACUCAAAUGCUUUGAAUUUAGUCUAGUUUGGUAAGUGUUUGAUAAUACAUGGCAUAGCUGGGCAAUCACUUUGAUUUGAAAAUUUUACAAAUACUUUCCUGCUAAGUGUUCAAAAUUAUGUUUUGUCUACUGCCCUAGAUUUUUUUUAUAAGCUGAACUACUAAAGAAAUAUACAUUAAUGUUUUGAAUUUUUUUUGUCUGCCACUAGACAAAAUUUAAUUUUGAACACCAAUGUUUCAAAUGCCCAUGUAAUAUAUAUAUAUUAUUAAUCUAUACAUUGUAUGAAGGUGUGGUAAGAGAAGUGAUAAGUAAAUGUGAGAUUAUUACCGAAGUAAGAUUUUUAGUUGAGGUACCAAAAUUUAAUGAAUACUGUUUUUUAAUUGAAUUUAUCACAUAUAAUGAUAUAUGAAGAAAAAACCCGCACAUGUAAUUAAAAAUACAUAUACAUGUUGUCAGAUGUAUAUCUAUGCCAUAUAAGGGACAGGGCUUAAGCCAUGUUUAAAAAGGACAGAGUGUUUCAGAAAAGGGACAGGGUCUAAGUGAGAAAUGGGCACAUUGUAUCAGGCUGUGAACAUCUUACGUAUUUGUCAGGAAAUGUUAUGCAAAAAAUGUAAAGUUUGUAUGUAUUUAUAAUCAUAUUAUAAGUUUUAAUCAAAACAAAAUAAAUAUUUGACAGUCUUAAGCAUUUUCAUUCUAUGAAGGCAGAAGGGUGCUAUCAAAUAAGGGCAGGGUGCAGCACCCUUCCAUAAUUCUUGAGCUAAAACCUUAUAUUUGUUCAGACAUGACUAAAAAAGUUUGUUUUUUUAAAUCAGACUGAAAGUUGUUCAGUUGUAUGAAUGUAAAUGAAGCAUGCAUGUAAAGCAAGCAGCCAUAAAAUGUUGACUUUAAUGAAGUGCUAAUGCUCCAGUAAUGUGAAUUUUGAGUUCGUAGUCAGUUUUUAAUCUCCAACUGUUUGCGAUGUUUUGUUGUUAAGUUUCGCUGUAAGAAUUAUUGUAAAAUAUACUAAUAAACUCAUUUAAACUGGU